UCAGCCUUUUACUGAGUGGCAGUGGUUGCCUGGGAAAUUUCCUGUGUUAUUUCCUUUCGCAGGUCAGCGGAAGACACUAGCAGGGAGUUACUGUUGAUGUCCAGUCUUGAUAAGAACAGAGUUUUCUUCUGAAGGAUGGGCACUCCUGCAGACGCUGUGCUGCACACAUUGUAACCAGAGCUUUCCGUGAAGUUUGAUCUUGUAGGCUUGGUCUGCUCUUCUCCGCACAUAUUUCCUGUGUUCAUUUUGGCACGGCGAAGGCGAGUAGGCUAACUGACAGAAUGGAAUGUUGGAGUGUGAAUCCUUUUCUCCUGAUACUCCUUGCUGGGCUCUUAUACACUGUCACUGCAGAGAAGAGAAUGCUGGACAUGGCUCCUGAUGCUGUCGAUGACACCUACUUAAAGUGUCGUGACAAAAUGAUACAGACUAUUACAGCACAAGGCGGCCUGUUGCAGAAAGAGCUCAAGGCUAAUAAGGAUUUUACAGAGAUGUGGAGGAAUCACGGUGGAACUUGUGAGAAGCAAAUUUAUGGUGCAACACCUCCUCACUUGGCUGCACUGCAGGCUUAUGGGAAUUCUGGAGUUCAAUUCCGAAAGACAUUUAACAGACUGGUUCAGACUAAAGGCAGCAACGCCACAACAUACAACGACGAAUUUCCCUUCAAGUCUCUUCACUUUCUGCUAACAGAUGCCUUACAACUUCUUAACCACAGCAAAACAUGUACCACCGUGUACUUUGGCACAAGCAACCAGUAUACAGCAGAAAUUGGGAAGGAGGUGCGUUUUGGAAUGUUCAUCAGUGCCAGUAUCCGUGAAAGCCUUGAAAUUGAACAUAUUGUCACAGCAGAUGAAGGCACGCUGUUCAACAUCACCUCCUGUUCUGUGGUUAAUGUUGAGAACUACACGUGCACUUCUGAGGAAAUUGAACAGCUUAUUUCCCCAACUGAGGUCUUCAGAGUGCAGAACGUCAGUCGUGUUUCAACUGAUGAAGCUGAAUAUAACUUAAUCACUUUAACACAUUCACACUUUCUGAGCAACCAUGACUGCUACCUUUUUCCAAGGCCUCCUGGUGGAUCCUCCAGUCCACUGCUGAGCUCUAUGGUUCUGGCACUGAUGGCGUCCUUUCUGAGUCUGUACUGCUGCACUGUUACACAGUGACUCACACAUCCAUCUGUAUAAAUACAAGCAACAACGACACCUGCAGAAUUGCUACAUUUGCUAAGGACCUCAUGGGUUACAUUAUUAUAGUCAUCUUUAGUCUCACAGGGCCAGACAUGUACUCUCGUUUAUCACAUCAUGGAAAGGGUGCAACCCCUCUAAAAGCCACUCCCAAAUUCCUGUGUUUUUUGUAAACAUCUGAAGUACAACUGAUAACACAAGCUAGCAAAUCGAACUAGCGAAACGCUAUUAGCCAAAUGACCUGUUUUUCUUUUGUGGGAUUAAAUGUUUAUCUUUACGACGUGUAAUGUGGUCUCCACACUGACAACAUACAUCUAGGGGCCUUUCAGCCAUGUUAACUUACAUUACAACCACAGACUAAUGACAGGCUAGAUGUCAGUUGGACAAUGAUGAUGAACAGACCCUCACCCCCUAUUUUGAGCUCCACCUUCACAAGGUGUUGGAGUGGUUCUGAAAUUUGACCUUGUUAAGCCCCACAUUUAAACCACACUUAACCCAAAAUUUCUCAUGGCUGUCCCCUGUCGUUUUCACUAUGAGAUCAUGUCUGGCCCUGUAAGACUAACCUGCAUUCACACUGGCAGUGACUUAUCGCCUUUUGUUGCUCAAAUGUGGGUGUUUCUGAACUUGAGCUGAACUUGGUUGCCAUGGUCUCAUGUACAGCAAGCAAAUGCCAUGGCAAUACACUGUACUUUACUGACCAGUGGCUACAGGAUGUAUACAAAAUCAAUUUGACCACAAAUUGAUUUGUUGUUACCCAAAAUCGGAUGUGAUCCUGCUAAAAAUAAAAAUUGUGGAGAGUAACUGCAUGUCUAUAAUUGUAACCUCUGUGUAGUGCAUCAUAUUCUGUGCAGUCAGUAUGACAAGAAAACAGUGUUGUUCCGUCGAUUUGCUUUGAAAACAUGGCCGCUGUUCCUCCAUCUCUAGUAGGAACAAAUAUCUAGGAACCAAAAAAGAUGCACACUGCUUCAUUCUAAUUUGCAUAAAAUAAAACUUUGCUUAACUUUAUUGCAUCACUGACUCCACGCCUUCAUGUUGCCAACAUUCAUGCUGCACGCUGUCCCUGGAAAUCACAAGCUCUUAUUGAGAAUGAAUGAGCCUCUUUUUAGUGUACGGACUAAGGAGUAAGUGUGUGCUUUGGAAGGUAGUAUUACUCUUAUAAGAUUGUUAAAUAUGAUUUAAUUUCUUUCGUUGCUUCCUGUGCCUCAGCGGAAAGAGAGAAGUGGAAGUGGACAAAUGUUACUUAGAUUUGUGUUUAAGAGAGACUAAGAUUUUAUACUAUACAUGGACUGAAUUUAUACAUGAGCACAUUGUGUUUAGCUAUUCAUCUUGGAUUUGAAUGUAUCUUUGAGCUAGACCUAAAAAUUAAUAGGCUGCUAAAUAAAGCUGGUAGUAUUUUAGCACUGAUGAAUGUAUACAGACUCUUUUGUAGUGCUGUGAAAAAGUAUGAUUGUCUCUAUAUUUGCAUAUUUGUCAAACUAAAUUGUGUUUUUUAGCAAGUGUGAGAUGAGCUUUUAUGUUCCUCUUGGUUAGCAGUUGUUUUUACCCUGCAUUUCUCCCAUGGGUACCAUUUUUGUCCAGUCGUUUUCUAAUGUUGGAAUCAUGAGCACUGACCUUAUCUGUGGCGGGUGAGGCCUGCAGUUUCUUUGAGGUUUGUUGGGUUUUUUUCAUGACUUCCUGGAUAAGUUGCCAACUUUGGUCAGCAGGCCACUUCCUGGGAACAUUCACCACUGCUCCAAGUUUUUUUGAUGAUAAUGGCUCUCAGUCACUUCCCAGACUGAUGUAUUUCAAUAAAUUUCUUUUUUAAUCUGUUCAUGUAUUUGGGGUAUUUUGGGUUUACUCAGAUUGUCUUUGUUUUUUUUUUAUUACAUUUAGUCUGAAGAUCUGAAACAACUAAGUGUGACUAAUAUGUAAAAAAACAAGAAAUCUGGAGGGGGCAAAUACUAUUCAGCACUGCAUUUGAUUAUGAUCUUGUGAAUAAGCUGUCCCUAUAUUUUGUGCAUUGAUUGUAAAAUGUUUACUUGUUUUUAAAUGUUGUUUUCAUGUGAUUUUAUGGAAUUAAAAGAGCGAU